AUGAUGGCCCUUCUCCGAAACCACCUCUUCCAUUUCUCACGUUCCCCAGCUCCCACGCUUCUGCUUCAGCUUCAAGCGUGCGCGUUCUCAUCUUCGUCUACUCCUCAUCACUCUCGAGACGUGAGGGUUUCGGUGUGGUGGGAUUUCAAGAGCUGCACCGUGCCAGAUGACGUAGAUGCUUCCAAGGUUGGCCCCGCAAUCGUGAAGGCCGUGAGGGCCAACGGCAUCAAAGGUCCGCUUCACAUUACCGCUUUCGGCAACGUUAAUGUUCUCCCCAAGCCCGACAUGAAUGCACUUGCUUCCACCGGCAUUGAAUUCAUCCACAUUUUUAACGGUGGAAAGGAUAUUCUUGUUGAUAUCAUGUUUUGGGUUAUCCAAAAUCCUCCACCUGUACAUCUCUUUCUGAUAUCUGGUGAUAAAGGUUUUGCUUCCAUAUUACACCGGUUAAGAAUGAAUAAUUACAAUAUCUUGCUGGCUAGCCCAAGGAAUGCUCCUAGUGUUCUCUUCAGGGCAGCAACUGUAAUGUGGCAAUGGUCUUCAUUGCUUAAGGGAGAAAAACUUAUUGGUAAACGAUUCAACCAUCCUCCUGAUGGUCCAUUUGGUUCUUGGUACGGAAAUCUUAAGGUGCCACUUGAAAACCCAUUCCUAGCUGCUGAGCAGCCUACAUCUUUACAAAAUGUGGAGAUCUCUGAACCUUCCUUGGACUUAAAGUUAGGUGCAGUUCCAAUGUCAGUUGUAAGACAAAUUAAGCAUAUAUUAAAUUUACAUCCAAAAGGGAUCUCCAUAACAGAUUUUUGUGGGGAGUUGGUAAAAUGUGAUGUGCCUUUGGAUACAAGUUUUUAUGGAUUUAGAAGCUUUUCAUGCUUUCUAUUAGCAAUGCCACACAUACAGCUGCAGCCUUUAGGGAAUGAUAAUUUUUGUGUAUGUUUGGCCCCCUCAGAGUCCCCUGAUCCUUUUGACAGCAGUGUUGUCCCAUCAACAUCAUCUGUUGUUAAGAACAACGAGAGGGUAGAUGCAGACGAGACUCCCUCAACUGCCAACAUCCAUGCAAGGAGUAUGAAUGAUGACUCAAAAUCAUUCCAACAUGUCCCUUUCCAAACCAACAUUGUUGGGGAAUGUGUGUAUGGUAAAUUGGUAUUUCCUUCAUUAGUCAAAGGACAUGAAUUUCAGACCCAAAAUGACUUGGAGAAAUCUUUGCUGUCUAGUGAGAAGGUUGCGGAUCUGGCUAAUGCACAGCAACUUGAGAUUCAACAGCCACCCAAGAAAAACAAAUUUUCCAAAAGUAAGACAAGUUCAUUAAAAGCUAAAUCUAAAAGGUCAUCUGACAUUGGCAAUGUUAAAUCUGAGGAUGCAAGUCAUAAAACUAUAGAAAAACAUACCACUUCAGGGAAUCCCUAUGCUGGCAAUGAUAACACAACCAUGGAAGACAAUGGUACUGGAAAUUAUGAAUUGGGAAAUUUUAAAGCAAGGAACAAACAUGAGAGUCCAACUAGAAAGGUGGCUGCCGAAGUUUGUUUCAGCCCAUAUUCUUCACCAGUUGAUGACUCUCUGAUUGAUAGAACACACAGUGGAAUUGCUGACACUUAUAACAGAAGGCCAACAUUCUUUAGUUGGAUUAGAAGUUGGUGUCCAUUUUGGAAAAGCAAUGCAAAAUCUGAUGAUUUAGCUGCUCAGCAGAACAAGGUGGAGAGUCACUUGGAGGAUUCAAAAGCUGAAGUGGACCAGACUGUUAGUCAAUUUGAAGAACCCGCCUUAUCAGAGCUGGACCAGAAUGUUGUUCAUUAUCGGCAGCCUGAAUUGUUUUCUAGUGGUUCAUUUUGGAAUGAUUUGGAAUCUUUUAUUUUCAUGCCCAAAGGAUCACUUCUUAUUUCGCAGUCAAAAAACAGGGAGGAUGACACAUAA